AUGCUCGUUCCUCAUGCGCUAUUGCUUCUCACGUAUGGCACCUUUGUCUGGACUCAUUCAGUCUCCGACCUUGGCGAAGAUGACUUCUUCGACCUUGUGAAUUCAGACAACCUUGCUCUUGUGCUCUUUGUUACCCCUAGUUGUGUGAAGUGCGACGAGAUUACUACUCAGUUCGAGCAGGCCUCAGACCUCUCCCCCGAGACCAACUUUGUACGGGUAGAUUGUUCAACUAACGGUAAAGUCUGCGAUGAUGUCGGAGUUCUCCAUGUUCCAGAAGUCAGGCUUUCCAGAGGCCGUAGUCGACUCACCCUUUACCGAGGCGACUUAGACACUUCAGCACUAUUGGCAUUCAUCGAACGGCAACAUGGGCCAGCUGUUAUGGAACUAAGUGAUGCCAAUUAUGACGAGUUUUUGAGCACUGAUUACGUUUCAAUCGUCGCCUUCAUUGAUGAUAAAGAGAAAGACUUGGUCGAGCUAUACUCGCAGGUGGCUGAGCAGCUUCGUGGUGAAUACGCUUUUGCAAUUACCCAUAAUUCUAGUCGAGCGAAUAAUGAAGGUGUCGCUCAACCAGGUAUUUUGCUUCUCAGCACAUUUGACGAGCGUCGCAGCAGCUACGAAGGGCCUUUUGACCAUGAUGCACUCCAGCUUUUCAUCAGGAAAUACGGGACGCCCUUGAUUGGAGAGCUACACCCAGAGGUUUACGCUACCUUUGCCGAGACCAGCUUGCCACUAGCACAGAUUUUAGUAGCUUCUCCAACAGAGCGCGAUCAUCUGGUUGACUUGCUCUAUCCGCUGGCUCGAAGAUUCAGCAGCGUCUUGACCUUUGUUACCGUCGAUUCAAACAGGUACCCCCAGCGGGCGGCAUUACUCAAUCUCGCCGACGGCACCAAAUUGGGUUUCGCAAUUGAGAAUGUCACCUCAACGGAGAAAUUCCCAUUGAAAGCUAGCUCGGUCAAUGCCGAAAGCAUCACAGGAUUUGUCCAAGAUUUUGUGGCUGGCAAGCUGAAACCAGAAGUCCGAUCUCAACCUGUGCCAGUAAAACAACAAGGCCUCUGCGUCGAACUGGUUGGACACACCUUCAGAGAAGUAGCCUUUGAUGACACUCGAGAUGUCCUUGUGGAGUUCUACACACCAUGGUGUGAUUAUUGCCUCGAGUCACAUGAUGUACUCGAAGAGCUCGCCGUGCACUAUCGCGAUGUCGGACUCAGUGACAAGAUAUCCGUCGCCAAAAUCGACGUGAGCAGUAACGAUGUUCCUGAAUUGAUCACAGGUUACCCAACGCUGAAGCUAUACCCAGCUAGUGGACACCCCCCGGUUACAUUUCAGGGCAACUAUCGCGAGCCCAUUCCUCUAGCGACGUUGAUUUCUUUCAUUCACGAUCAUGGCAGGAAUCAGCUAGAGGUUGGAAAGGUUUCCUUGGCAGGGAAGAGCUCGAACCAAGCCAGGUUAAGCCUGCAGCACGAAGAACUGUAA